UCCCUCCUCAUUCAGAGCCCCGAGUGUCUGUCGGCCCUCAUUGGCCGCCCGGCCUCGGUGGGGCGGAGCCGGACCGCCUGCAAAAGGAGGAAAAGGAAAAAAAAAGCGGAGGGGGGGGGGGAGAGCGAGAGAGGAGCGAGAGGAAAAAAAAAGGAGAAAACUAAGUGCGUAAAAAAGUUCUCGCCGCGGUGACGGAUGCUCAAAAGUUCAGGAGUUUUUCCGAUGCUUCCCAAAGCAGUCUGCGACUGAAAAAGAGACUGAAAAAAAAAGGGAGAGGGAGAGAGAGAGAGGGAGAGUUUGCACUGGCAGCUCGGGAAGACAACUUGUUGCAGAUCCCCGUGGAACAAGGAACUGGGAGCGUGGGAGCCUCUGUGCAAAGGUUUUAUUUUCUUAAUACUCUUUCUACGUUUGGAAGUUGCUUACUCCGCGGCGAUUACUUCUUCUUCCUCCCCGGUCUUUUUUUUUGAAUUUUUUCCCCUUUUCCCCCGUUUUUUCCCUUUUUUCCCCCGUUUUUGAUUUUUUCCCUUUUCCGCGUGGAGUGCGGGAGCUCGCCGGCGGGUUUUCCUGGGCGCAGAAGAGGAGCCUUUCGGCGCUGCCGGCGUUGUUCUGCCUCCCUCUUUCCGCGCUCCGCCGGGGGGGUGGGGGGGUGGGGGUUGCCCGGCCGCCCGGUCCAGCUCGGUCCGCGGAGCGGCGGAGGGGUGGAGGGGGAAGGGACGCGCUGUUUGGUCCGGCGGGGAGGGUGGGGGAAAGCUGACGGGAGGACAUGCAGGCUCGCUACUCCGUGUCCAGUCCCAACUCCCUGGGAGUGGUGCCGUACCUCGGCGGAGAGCAGAGCUACUACCGGGCCGCCGCCGCCGCGGCCGGCGGGGGCUACACGGCCAUGCCGGCCCCGAUGAGCAUGUACUCCCACCCGGCCCACGAGCAGUACCCGGCCGGCAUGGCCCGCGCCUACGGGCCCUACACGCCGCCGCCGCAGCCCAAGGAUAUGGUGAAGCCGCCGUACAGCUACAUCGCCCUCAUCACCAUGGCCAUCCAAAACGCGCCCGAUAAGAAGAUCACCUUGAACGGGAUCUACCAGUUCAUCAUGGAGCGGUUCCCCUUCUACCGGGACAACAAGCAGGGCUGGCAGAACAGCAUCCGCCACAACCUCUCGCUCAACGAGUGCUUCGUCAAGGUGCCCCGCGACGACAAGAAGCCCGGCAAGGGCAGCUACUGGACCCUCGACCCCGAUUCCUACAACAUGUUCGAGAACGGCAGCUUCCUCCGCCGCCGCCGCCGCUUCAAGAAGAAGGACGCCGUCAAGGACAAGGAGGAGAAGGACCGCCUGCACCUCAAGGACCAUGCCCCGCCGCCGCCGCGCCCGCCGCCCGCCGCCGCCGCCGAGCCCGAGGCCGGCCCCGCCGCCGGCACCGCGCCACCGCCGCCGCCCGUGCGCGUCCAGGACAUCAAGACGGAGAACGGCACGGCCUCGCCGCCGCAGGCCGGCUCCCCCCCCGGCGCCGCGCCGCCGCUUGGCGCCGGCGCCGUGCCCAAGAUCGAGAGCCCCGACAGCAGCAGCAGCCUCUCCAGCGGCGGCAGCCCCCGCGGCGCGCUGCCCGCCGGCCGCUCGCUCGGCCUGGAGGCGCCCGAGCCGCCGCCGCCGCCGCCGCACCACCACCACCACGGCCCGGGCUUCAGCGUGGACAACAUCAUGACCUCGCUGCGCGGCUCGCCGCAGGGCGCCGCCGAGCUGAGCGCCGGGCUGCUGGCGCCCGCCGCCGCCGCCCCGCGGACCGGCAUCCCGCCCGCGCUCUCGCUCGGCGGCUACUCGCCGGGCCACAGCUCCGUCUACAGCGCGCCCUGCAGCCAGGCCGCCGGCAGCGCCGCCGCCGCCGGGACCUACCACUGCAACAUGCAGGCCAUGAGCCUCUACGCGGCGGCGGGCGGCGCCGAGCGCCCCGGCCACCUGCCCGCCGCCGCCGCCAGCCCCGCCGAGGAGCCGCUGCCCGACUACGCGCUGCCGGCGGGCGGCGCGGGCGGCGCGGCGCUGGGCCACGGCGCGCUGGGCGGCGCGGGCGGCCACCAGGAGGGGCCCCCCGCGCACCCGCACCAGGGCCGCCUGGCCUCCUGGUACCUCAACCAGGCGGCGGCGGCGGCGGCGGCGGCGGCGGCGGCGGCGGGCGAGCUGGGCCCGCUGGCGGGCGCGCCGGGCUACGCGGCGCCGCAGCAGGGCUUCGCCGCGGCGCGGGAGGUCUUCGAGGCGCCGCGCCUCGGCCUCAGCGCCUCGCCGGGCGGCGGCGGCGGCGGCGGCGGCGCGGGCGGCGGCGCGGGCGGCGGCGGCAGCUGUCAGAUGUCCUUCCCCGGCGGGCAGCCGCUCUACCGCGCCGCCGGCGCCUUCGUCUACGACUGCGGCAAGUUCUGAGCCGCGGCGCGGCCCGGCCCCGCCGGCACCGGCACCGGCACCGGCACCGCACCGGCACCGCACCGCCUCCUCGCCCGCGGACAGGGCGAGCGCACACUAAAACCCUUUGUACAGAGACAGGCCCAAAGCAUGUCUUGGUUUGUUAAAGGACAGUGUUACUCCAAUAACACGUAAGUUUUUUUUUAAUUGCUUUUGAGAAAUGCUCCUUUUCCCCCCACCUCACCCCCCACCCCAGCCCCUUAAGGUAUUUUUAUGCCCUACGUCUAGAAGGGAGCAAAAAUCCAGCGUAGAGUACCAGCUUCCCCCCCCCCCCUUUUACAAGGACUUGUUUUAAAGUGUAAAUUGCAACAUAGUAAUUUAUUUUUAAUUUGUAGUCGGAUGUUGCGGACCAAACGCCAGAAAGUGUUUCCCCCUUCCCUGAAAAGUGACGUUAAAAUUGACUGAAACGCUAAUUUUUUCACUUUAUAUAAAAAGGGAAACUGUAUUAAUCUUAUUCUAUCAAUAUUUUUCUUUUUUUUUGUUGAAAAUAUUCCGAAGGUAUUGCAUUGUUUGUUUAUUAAUAAAUUACCGUUCAGUUGGAA